AACAAUCAACAUUUUCAAGAGUGCAGGACUUGCUUAUUAUAACAUUUCUGAAACUGUUAAAAAAAUGUUUGAUAUGUUAAUUUUCUUCUGGUUGUUCUCCUGGAGUCUGACUGGUGUGUUUGUUGCUGAUGCAGUGAAGUCAGAGUCAGUGACUGAGGGAGAAUCAGUCUCUCUGAACUCUAGUCUCACUCAAAUACAGACACAUGAAGACAUCGAGUGGAAGUUUGGUGACAUUCUCAUAGCUAAAGUAAACAAAAACAAAGAGAGUGUGUUUUAUAAUACUACUGCUGCUGGGAGAUUCAGAGGCAGACUGAAACUGGAUCAGACUGGAUCUCUGACCAUCAUCAACAGCAGAACCACAGACUCUGGACUUUAUACAGUCUCCAGCAGCAGAGACACGAUCAACACGAUCAAUCUCACUGUCUAUGCUCGUCUGCCUGUUCCUGUCAUCAGCAGAGACUGUUCUUCACCAUCAUCAUCAUCAUGUUCAUUGGUGUGUUCAGCUGUGAAUGUGGGUCAUGUGACUCUCUCCUGGUUCAAAGGAAACAGUUCAUUGUCCAGCAUCAGUGCAUCUAAUCUCAGCAUCAGUCUCUCUCUACCUCUGGAGGUGGAAUAUCAGGAUAACAACACCUACAGCUGUGUGAUCAACAAUCCCAUCAGCCAUCAGACAAAACAUCUCAACAUCACUGAACUCUGUCACACAUGUGCUGCAGACCGUAUCCACUGUUGUGGCUUUACUGAAGCUGUGAUCCGAUUGGCUCUCUCUGCUCUGGUGGGCGUGGCUACUGUGGUUGUUCUGGUUUAUGACAUCAGAUCCAGAAGUCUUCAACAGAAGAAGAGCGUCCAGAAAUAACCAUCUCUGAUUAAUCUCUCAGGAAGACGGAGAUGGUUCUGAAUGACUGGAGAUAUUAUAUUACAAGAAAUCCUUUGAGUAAAUAGCAUUCAUGUAUAUAUAUUAGAGAUGUAAUGAUACUAUCAAUAUCGUGGCGAUAGCAAAAUUGUCUCCAUAUUAUCGUGGUCACAUGACUAUGAAACAAUACGUCUUCCGGGCAAAAAGUGUCAUUUUUUUUUUCAGCCCGGUUCCAAAAACGGUUCUGGUGUGAUGGGUGAAAUGCGAAGAGAGUAUCCUUUAAUAGAGCCGUCUCACAUCAUGAAUAUUAUAACAAUGAAUGCACUGAAAAGCCCUCGCGCUACUCAUAUACGCCAGAUAUCAAUGCAGAGAGAGAGAGAGAGAGGUGCACAAAGUCAAGCUGCAUGAUUAAUCUUUAAAAUAUCGUGUUCUCGAUUUCAUCACCCACAUGAUCUAAUUGACAACGAUUCGCCCGUGUAUAUUAAACCUUUGACAAAAAUAAAAUCGCGACAUUCAAAUCUGCGUUCGCGCUGCCGUUGAUCUAGAGAGGCGUCAUAAUCUGAAAACCACGCCCACCGGGGAGGAAAACAAUCCAAAAAAUGCUUGUUUUUUGGGUCGACAGCUUAUAAAAACUUCUGGGUUUUUGGUUCUGGGGUUUUUUUUAGCUUGUUUUCUGUACACCUUGUCACACAGCAGCUUUAAGGCAUUGUUCUGUUUUUUGUUAUAAGUCAGAAAUGACAAGAAGGCAGCCUCACGCAAUGGAGUCGUUUGGAUUCUCUGAAUCUUACAAAAAUAUUCUGUUUUGCCUGUCGGGAUCUUACAUGUGUAUUCAAGCAUCUUAUUUGUGUUAAAUUUGUGGUAUCACUUUACAAUAAGGUUCAUUUGUUAACAUUUAUUUAAAGUAUUAACUAACAUGAACUCACCAAGGUCCAGCUGGUGCAAGUAUUUUAUUUUAUAAAAGGGAGUUUUAGGUCAUUUAACUCAUCUCAUUCUAUACCUCAGACCUCUAAACAACAGUUAUGAUGAGGAUAAAGAAAAGAGGACAGGAUAUGACAUGAUUAAUUUGUACAUCAUUGUAAUGUUCAAUCAUUGUUUAACACUUAUGGCACUUUUUUGUCUUCAUUUCUUUUCUUUUUUUUAAAUAUCACAAUAAAUAUCGUAUCAUAGACUUUA